UUCCGUCGGUAACCAGCUGUUUUGUGCCGUCGUUCCCUUUUCCUUUGGCUGCCUGACCGGCCACCCGAAAGAUGUUCCGAAUUGGAUUAAAAUUUCCGUGCAACGGUCUAAAUAGGGUACGUAAAGUCAAAAAACAUGGAUCCUCCAGACUCUAUUUGACAACUAGGUGUUACGAGACACGUGCACGAGUUAAAUGUGAGCCUGAAUGGAGGAUUUUCAAGGAUGUCAAACUUACGUCCAGAUAUUCUGGACAUAGGUAUUCGACUGACUCAUCAAAAAGUGAGAAGAGUCGAGGCUCAAAGACGCUGUUAACCUUGACUGCUGUAGCAUUAGGUACAUCAGGAAUAUUACUGUAUGCAAAACAUGAUCCAGAAUUCCGUGCCACUCUUGAAGGGUACAUACCUGGCACAGACAGAACCAUUCAGAUCAUCUUCCAGGAGGAAUCAUCAUAUUUUGAAUUUAUACGUUCAUUCUUUGAAUCACUUAAACAAACAAUAAUAGAUGCAGUUUUUGGAGGAAAAGCAGAAAAAGAAUCAGGUCAGAGAAAAUUAGAUUGCAAAAACGUUGAAGAUUAUAUACCACCAAAGCCAGCUUUUGUUCCUCUGGUUGACAAGAAGGAACCACCUAACAAUGAACCUUAUACCGAAAUAAGGUUAAGUAAAGAGAAAGGAGAAGAAAUUGAAGUUGUGGCCGAGAAACCCGCACCGCUUUCUAAGGAUCUACCUGAUGAGUUAAUGCCAGAAAAUCUGGUGGAACUAGAAACAUCGUCUGGUGUGACUGCAUCUAAAGCCAUUGCAGCUUAUCAAAAAGCAACAUGUGCUAUUCAAGAAUACAAUCAAGAUGUUAUUAAAGUCGUAGAGAGUGUUGAUUCUUUACCUGGUAGCGCUGUUUGGAAUAGAUUAAAAGAAGCAACAGAAAAGAGGACAGUAGCCGUUAAAGAGGCAGAAGAGAACGCUACUAUUGCAUUGAAGUCGCUCAAGAAAAUGUACAAUUUAAUCGAUGAUCCUAAAUUCGAUGCACCGUCGCAUAUGAAAACGGCAGCCAGGAGAAACAUUAAAAAAAUUAUGGACGACGUUGAUGAAGCGAAGAAAAAAUACGAGAAGGAAAUCGAAAGCGGUAACGUCGCUGAACGUUAUUGGAAACAGGUCAAAGCCGCUCGUGAAAAUCUUAACGAUGAACUACAAAUACUUUUCCCGGAAAUCAAUAUUCACAACAAAAAAUUGGCUAUCGAUGAAAAUUCAUUUGAUUUGUUCGUUCUACACAUGUACAACAAAGUAAUCAAUCUUCAAAAGGAAUUGGUGAAAUUACGGACCGUGCAAGAGAACAGACUGAAAGCAGCGCUUAGGUCGACCGGUGAUACGGCAAGCCAGGAGAAAUUGGACGAGCUGGUGUGUUUGGAGUUGGAAAAAGAGAAGCUGAUCAUUCAGGACCAAUUCAACAAAAAGUUACUAGAGGAACAAAAGAAAUUCGAUGAGGAUAUGCGACGACAGUUGAAGCUUCAGGAACAGGUUCACACCGACCAUCUUCAAGAAGUAUUAUCUUUGAAGGAACAAGAAGCGGAGAGGACGUUGAAACAAACGCUUAGCGAGCAGUCGGAAGCGGAUGCAUUGAAGCACAAGGAACAGCUUGCGGCGGUGGUAGGCAGGUUACAAGGCCUCGAAACAGCCUUGAAGGCACGCUUGGAGGAGGAGAAAGCAGCAUCGAAUGCACAGAUUCUUUGGUCGGCUUGCCUGGCGUUGGCUCGGGCUAUUAAAAAUGCACCGGUUGGCGCCCCAAUCGAGGAAGUAAUCAGGCCCCUAGAACCGGAAAUCAAAGCCGUCACCAAGGCAGCACCCAAGGAGGAUCCUCUGGUGAUCGCAGCCAUUGGAGGCAUUCCCGAGGAGGCUGCAAAGAGAGGGGUGUUCCCUGAAGACAUUCUUCGUGCCAGGUUCCUCAAAGUGGAAGAGGUGGCGAGACGAUUGGCCAUGGUUCCCGAAGAGGGUGCCGCCUUGCCUAUCUAUUUCCUUAGCUAUCUUCAGAACUUCUUGAUGAUCAAGAACGCCAGUCCCAUUCCUCAGAGCGAGAUCGAGGACAACCCCAUCGAUGUGGAGUCCCUCAACACCUACGACAUUCUUCACCGAGCUAGGUACUGGCUCGAUCGUGGUGACUUCAAGAUGACCCUUCGCUACAUGAACCUGUUGAAGGGCGCACCGAAAUCAGUCGCCAAGGACUGGAUGAACGAGACGAGGAUUCUUUUGGAGACCCAGCAAGCCGUGGACACCUUAUUGGCUUACGCAGGUGCUAUAGGUUUGGUGUUCCUCGGUGCUGGAGACUCGAAGGUCAGUCGAAAUAAUUAGAAGAAAUUUGUACGAUAGACUGCCACCUUGUACCGGAUGAAAUCUAAAAAGACAGACAUUAAUUAGGGGGAAUUUGUUAAAGUGAUUCCGUGAAACUUCGUUCGACGAGAUGAUAUUGUUCCCAAUUUAUUGUGUCCCUGGAGUUCAUGGUACGGACUGUAAAUUGAAAACUAGCCUUUUAUUUUUAUCAUUUCCAAUGAACGUGAAAGGAACUUUCUGAUAAAACAAAUAAUAGGUGCAUGGCGUAAGGAGAAUAAGUGUGAUACACUUUACUUUCUUUUUUCUCGUGAAAUCUGUUUUAUUUUUCAUUCGUGAAGUUCGAACGAUGUAACCGGAACCUAAUCGCAAAUAAAAAAAAAAAAAAGAAAAGAAA